AUGACCCGCUUGCCCUCCCCAGUUGUGGCCCUGGCAGGAACCCCCCUCCUGCAACAGAGGCAGCGUUGUGAUAAGUCCUAUGUUGGUGGCAUUUGCUGCAAGUGCUUUGCCUACAGACAUGGCCGUUGUGUCUGUGAGCAGGUGCACACUGAUGACCGGCCAUUCUCCUGUGCCUUUUGUGGCAAGGCUUUCAAGCAGUCCAGUGCCCUGGCCUCUCACAAGCACAUCCACAUAAGAGAAUGGCCCUUUGCCUGUUCAACCACCAGCAUGUCCACAGCACUGCACAAUCCCACCAGUGCCAACACCGUGGAGAUGGCUUCCCGAUACAUUGAAUAUAAGGGGAUAACAUUUUCCCCUGGAUAUAAUUCUGUGGACAGCCUUUGCUUUGCUGAGGAGAAGUUUUAAGUGCGAGAUGAUGAUAUCUUCAACGUCACAUACCCAACGUCUGGUAGGAGAAGGAACUGAACAGUGUGGAUGACUGAGAUUCUAAGCUUGAUUCUCAAUGGAGGUAACCCAACCUGGAAUCAAAAUGUCCUCAAUUCCCUUCGAGCUCCCUGGUUCACCACCUGCCUUGGCCUGGAGACAGCACAAAACCUGCCAUCUCCUCGUCUGCUCACCUGCCAUCUCCCCAUCCAGAUGUUCCCCAAAGCUUUCUUCAGCUCCAAAGCCAAGGUGAUAUACACAUUGCGAGACCCCCAAGAUGUGCUUGUUUCCUACUAUCAUUUCUCCAAGAUGUGUGUCCCUUUUGGGGAUCCUAUAUCCUUUGACCACUUCUUUGUGAAUUUCUUGAAUGGAAAUGUACUGUUUGGAUUCUGGUUUGAUCACAUUACAGGCUGGAUGGAGCAGAAAGGAAAACUCAGUAUCUUCUUCAUUGGCUAUGAAGAAAUGAAGCAGGAUCUACGUGGCAGUGUGGAACACCUUUGCCGUUUCCUGGGGAAGGACCUGGAUAAGGCAGCUGUCACCUCAGUGAUGGAAAAUGCCUCAUUUGAAGCCAUGAGGAGGAACAACAUGUGCAAUUCAACAAUGCUCCCUAAGGAGUUUAUGGACCAAGAGAAGGGGAUCUUCCUCAGGAGGGGUAUUUGUGGAGACUGGAAGUCUCACUUUACCAUGGCACAGUCUGAAUUCUUUGACAAGGUUUACCAGGAAAGGAUGCAGGGUCUAAGUUAGAGUGGGAAGGAACUCUGGAAGAAGCCUUAAUUCCUGAAUUUAAACAUGCUGGAGCUUACCACUUACUAUGACAAGAUGUUUUCUCUAAUCCUGAUGGCUUGUUGCUGCUGUAGUGACUCAGAAGAGUAUGGAAAAGCAGUCUAAAUAUGCUCAGAGGAACAGGUAGUUCAGAGAACUGAAUGUGAAGGACACAAGGGUGCCCAUGACACAUCUGUGUGAAGGCAUUUACCACAGCAACUUUGCUGGGGCUAAACAGGGUGUAGCCCAGCCAGUACCAAGAUUUCCAACUUGUAGGCUGCCGUGGAUUCCACUGCAAGGAAAAAAAUUGGAUCUAUUUUUUUCCCUUUCUAAACAAAUGUUAUUAAAGCAAGCAGUGAAUAGCAAGUGGGAAUAUGAAUACAGCAAACAUCCGAAGUGCAGAGUAAGCAACAUUAACUCAUCCCCUUGGAGGGGAAGGCAAGCAAAAGAAAAACCACCACCACCACAAAUUUAGUGUACAUUAUAUUGCUAUAACCCAUUGUGACAGUAAUCAUAUUUAGGUCAUAUUUAGGUCCUGGCAAUGUGUUUUUCAUAUACCCUGUUAUUCAUACUGUUUGCAGAAACGGCUUCUUCCAUAUUCCUUGAGAUUAAGUUAAAGGAAGAAUGGAUGUCAGCGGCAUGUCUCUAGGGAUGGAGGUGAUGGGGAGCUGAGCAGCAGGGAACCAAUGUUUAAAGGGGAACCAGGGCAAAAACCUCUAUGCAGAGCCUAUGUACAGAGGGGGCUUCACGUCACUGGCAGGAAAUGAGUGGACAGGCAAGGGAGGCUGUAGGAGGGGAGAAGGGGGGGCUGGGAGGCCCAACUGAGUUGGCAGAAAGCUGACUUUAUCUCCUUGUCUGCCUUUCCUGGCUAUAAGAUUUUAAUGAAAAAAAAAUAGUCCUUAAACUUAUUUGUUCUUCUGGCUGAAAGUCUGGAAGCUGAUGAAAGCAAAGUCAUUUGACUUUCUCUGCAAUUGCCAGCUUCUCGAGUAUAAAAAUCCUUAUUCCACCCUAUCCUUCUUUCAUUUAGGGCUUAGCCCAGCUGGAACCAAGUAAGUUGGAAAGUUUAGUUAGUUCACUUUUUAAUUUUUUUUUUCCUGGAAUCCAAACAGAGGCUAAAAGAAAAACCUUGAAGAAAGUAGCCCCUCCCUCCUAUUGACAUACGAAGUACUGCUGAAACAGUGUUGGUCUGUAUAAAUGUCUGUGUGUGGCCCAGCAGUUAAUUUCUAGAAAUUGGGGAACAAAACUAAUUUAGAAUUUAUAAUUUAGCAUUCAUCCCAUAGCUACGUAGGUUGGUUGUGGUUCUGCACUGGCAAACUAUUUUACUCACAGAUUGGACAGUUUAAAAAGAUUAAAAACUGCUGCAGAAGUUAAUUCACUUUAUUGGAUAACAAUCACUUAACAGAAACAGAUCACCUAGAAGCAUACUUUGGAAUUUUCUCUCUCUCUCUCUGUAUCAAAUUCUUCAGCACUUGUUAUACCUUUUUUAAACCAACUUGUUUGUUAGUAUCUUAUCUUGUUUUCCACUGUGCAAAUGAGCUUCCAUGUGCAGAGGAAGUAUAUAUCUGCCAAAUAUUUAGGAUAAACAAAAAGGAGAUUUAUAGGCAUCGUGGAGAAAGGCAGUUGGCAACUGUUAAAACCAAAAUGCCAGGUAACAAGAAACCCCCUGUCCUCAUCCUUCAGGGCUGAUGCUUUGGAUGCCAACUAGCUAUGAAUAGUUGGCUUUCUGGUUUAAAUAAUAUCAGAUAUGAUUGUCCAUUUGUAACUGUCCAUCAAAGCCACUUAACUAGAGUGUGACAUAUCUCAAACAUUCUAGAAUCAUGGACUAAAUAAGCAUUCAGAAAAGGCAGGUAUCAGCCAAUUAAACAAACACCUUCCCACACAUUGUUUUGCCUUUAAGAACAUAAGAAUUUUUUCCACAAAUAAGUCAUGAUUAUGAUUGCAUUUGUGCGUUCUUUCCCAUCCCCUCCAUUUUUAAAGACCCUUCAAAAUGAAAUUUUGUAAUAAACAAUUCAUUGAAAAUUA